GCCGGCCCCAGGCCCCACCCCUGAAGGGGAGCCCCUCCCUGCGGCGGGAGCGGGAGGGCCAAGUUGAGGGCUGAGGCCCGAGCCAGUUUCCAUACCUACGGGAGGAGGGCUGCUUUGCUUGACGCAUGCGUCGAUUAGGAGCUUGAUUAGGAGCUUGUCUUCAGCCUUUUCCACCCCAUCCCCAGAGGAAGGAAAGGGGGAGGGCAGGACAGGGCGCAUGCGCUCCGGUUGCAUCAAUCUAGGCCAACUGUGGCCUGGCUGUCCUUUCUCUGGUCCCAGGCGGCCCCGGGUAGAUUCAUUGGAGAAAGUGGCCAGGCCGGGCAUGGCCGCAGUCUGGCAGCAGGUGCUGGCCGUGGAUGCAAGGUACAACGCAUACCGCACACCCACCUUCCCACAGUUCCGAACACAAUACAUCCGGCGCCGGAGCCAGCUGCUGCGAGAAAAUGCCAAGGCAGGGCACGAACCUGCCUUUCGAAGGCAGUACCUAAAGCUGAGGGCCCAGCUGCUGGGACACCGCUAUGGGCCUCUGUCGGAGCCCGGGAGCUUCCGAGCCUACAGCAACAGCGUUGUCCGAAGCAGCCGAACCACACUGGACCGAAUGGAGGACUUUGACGAGGACCCGCGUUCACUCGGUGCCCGUGGCCACCGGCGCUCAGUCAGUCGUGGAUCCUAUCAGUUGCAGGCCCAGAUGAAUCGGGUCAUCUACGAUGAGAGGAUGCCAGGCAGCGUCGUGCCCACGUCGGUAGCGGAGGCCAGCCGGGCUAUGGCCGGGGACACUUCGCUGAGCGAAAAUUACGCUUUUGCUGGGAUGUACCACGUCUUUGACCAACACGUGGAUGAGGCUGUUCCCAAAGUCCAAUUUGCUAAUGAUGAUCGCCACCUGCUAGCUUGUUGCUCCCUGGACGGCAGCAUCUCCGUGUGCCAACUGGUACCCGCCCCCCCCGUGGUACUACGUGUGCUCCGUGGGCAUUCGCGUGGCGUGUCGGACUUUGCCUGGUCUCUUUCCAACGACGUCCUCGUCUCCACGUCGCUGGAUGCCACCAUGCGCAUCUGGGCCACGGAAGAUGGCCGCUGCAUCCGCGAGAUCCCCGACCCAGAUGGGGCUGAACUGCUGUGCUGUACUUUCCAGCCAGUCAACAAUAAUCUCACUGUGGUGGGCAACGGGAAGCACAAUGUACACGUGAUGAACAUCUCCACGGGCAAGAAAGUGAAGGGUGGCUCCAGCAAGCUGACUGGCCGUGUGCUGGCCCUGUCCUUCGAUUCCCCCGGACACAUCUUAUGGGCCGGGGACGAUCGGGGCAGCGUCUUUUCCUUCCUUUUUGACAUGGCCACAGGGAAGCUGACCAAGGCCAAGCGGCUGGUGGUACACGAAGGCAGCUCCAUCACUAGUAUCAGCGCGCGUUCCUGGAUCAGCCGGGAAGCCCGUGACCCCUCUCUGCUCAUCAACGCCUGCAUCAACAAGCUGCUCCUCUACCGGGUGGUGGACAACGAGGGCACUUUGCAGCUGAAGAGGAGCUUCCCAAUCGAUCAGAGCCUGCAUCCUAUUCGAAGCAUCUUCUGCCCCCUCAUGUCCUUCCGCCAAGGAGCCUGCGUAGUCACAGGCAGCGAGGACAUGUGUGUCUAUUUCUUUGAUGUGGAACGGGCCACCAAGGCCAUCGUCAAUAAACUGCAGGGCCACAGCGCCGCCGUGUUGGAUGUCAGUUUCAACUGCGACGAGAGCCUUCUGGCCUCGAGCGAUGCCGGCGGGAUGGUCAUCGUGUGGCGACGCGAACAAAAGUAACCGCGGCCUGACCCGAAGAGGGGCCCGGGCCCGAGCCAGGCACCUGAUCUCGGCGAACCCAGGACAGGCGUAGCGAUAGUGGGGAGGGAUGGGGAGGACCCAGAUGAACUAGUGUAGACGUCAAAUUUUGUAAAUAAUAAAAGUCCGUGUCUGGUGA